GGGACUCUGUCCUCAAUUGCUUUAAUUCCCAUGAUAUCGAGGGCGGCGCGUGUGCCGCGCAUCUGCCUGGCAUGUCGGUUCGGUCUAACUCAGCGCAGUGCCGUACUGGGCUUUCGCGCAGCUCCAAUUACACAAAGUCUCGGUCAACGACGACGGUAUACUUCGGAGAUCGGGAAGACGGGCGAUGGCAAGAUUGAAAGCUUUAUUACAGGCGCGAAUAUCUCAACCGAGUCGAAAUCAAAGAAAGAGGAGUCUCCGGAACAAACAGAGACUGUAACUAAGCCAGACGAUACUACGACCGAUAUAAAAAGCUCUUCCGAAGCCGAGACGACUUCCGAAACCGCCCCAAAGCCUCAAGACGAUCAAGAUGUGAAGCCAACCUCGGAUACCCAGUCUAGGCCUCCUUCGGCCGAAUCUCUCUCGGAGAGACCAAUCGAUCCAGUGCAAGAAACCCGAGAUGAGACGACGACCGAAGCCUCUGCUCCCGCCUCUGCAGAAUUGCCCCUCGACUCGUCCGAAAAGAACUCGGAUUCUUCAGCCGAACAUCCUGCGGAGAGUUCUGAAGAUAGCAUGUUUGAAUUGCCUGUCAUCCCCGAGCUAGAACCUACCGUCUUGCAGACAAAGCGGUUCCGUCACGACCUCGUACACGACGAGUCUUUGGGAGUGUCAGCGCUUGGUGUCCCUGCCGACGCCAUCAUUAUCAACAACCCGAACCAGAUACGCCGCUCCAAGAAGGCCCCCACCGUGGUUCAAUCUCAGCCCGUUCAGCCACCUUCUGAAUUGGAUUGGAAUCGCCUCACUCCUUCAGAGGAAGAGGGUGAAUUAAGCGUCGAAGAUAUAUACCGCAACAUUGACGAGCUUCGCCCAGACACUCGCUUCCUCCGAGACUCGGAGAUUGAGAAGCUGACGGAGGUUCUCCGGAACGGGUUUACGACGGACCAGCUCAAAGAGUAUAGCCGUCUCCGUAAAGCUGAAGUUGUGCCGGAGGAUGUCAUCAACUAUUCCUGGGUUGUGAAGCAUUAUCCCUGGGUGCCCCGAACAAAGAUCGAGGUCCGAGGAGGUCAGGACAAGCUCGCAUGCGUUCAAAAGGUCAUUUACGAGACCUGGAAGAUCCAGAGUCAAAAGUACAUGGAUGAUCUUGGAAACGUCAUGGUCCAGAUGCAACCUGAUUCCUUUGUGUUUCUCACUUUUGAAUCAGAACGUAUGGUGCGGGAGUUGAGGGAGGACUUCCUCGUUGGCGAGGAGGAAACGAUAACUCUUAACCGCAAGCACCAUCGCCUCCACAUUGUCGCCAGGAAGGCCACCGCCUACGGUAUUCUCGCACACCUAGACCAGAUUCUACAGAAACGGGUGGUCCGAGACAUCCCUAUCCGGGAACACGUAGCACUCAUCCCCUCCUCGACGGAGCUCGAGGUCCUUUCUCAACUCACCAAAACGACUCUCAAGAUCGUCGGGAAAAAGGAACUAAGGGUCUCCUGGCUCCCAGGCCCCCAGGAGAACGCCGCCGAGUCAAAGACGGAGGACGUGGGAGACGUUGUCCUUCGCCUGCUGCUCGGCCAUCCCAGCCCUGGCCGGGAGGUGGAUAUGGAGUGCCUCCCUCGGCCACAAACCAAGGGUAUCCCAAAGGACCACUUUAUCGACUUUCGGCGACAGCUGAAGUCUCUAUCGUGGAGAGACAAGCUCCAGACGUGGCAGCGAGUUGUGACCCCCAUCAGCAAUAAGCCAGACGAGGUAUCUCCUGUGCCCCUGGACCUAGUCGGCUCAGCUUCCCUCCCCGAGUACCAACCAGACAAACUCGGCUCUAGGAACGUCACAACCGCCACCUUUGGACACAUCAUUCAUAACAGCUCUCAAGUAGGCAAUCUCAAGGAGACUGAGACUCGCAAGAAGAAGGCCCAGUCUCCUGAUGCCGAUCCCGAUGACUUGAUCAUCCCUCUACACAUCGACGACUUGAGCACGCCCGGGAUCGAUGACGAUUCCGUCCACCCCAAGAAACCCAUACCCGGUGCGGUGCUAUCCCACAAGCGUCGUACAUUCUAUCCUCUCAUCCCGCAUCCUGCCUCCUUUUCCGCCCUCAAGCCCGAGGGUAGCGAUACUUUGACUCAAUCCACCACCAUUAUCCUGAACCUUGCAGUUCACGGCGACCGUUCUGCUGCGAACAAGCAGGGCCCUGUCAUUCAGGUCCACCUACCAGUCGACGCUGAAGCCGACCUGGCCAACUUUUCCAUUCCCAAAGAUGCCGCCGCCUACUGCGUUAUCCCGUGGUACCGCAACGACCUCUUGCUUCCUGGCGAGAGCGUAGACGUACGCAUCCAACACGAACGUCGCCUUGCUUUGGAUAUGGACAAAACCGGCCUCAGGAGCUUCCUCGAUACGUCCGAAUUCAACCUCCUCCAAGGCCAUCUCCGAACACCCAGUCAAGCUACCCUCGUGCUCCCCCCGAAAUACAUCAACCCCGGCACAAGAGGCGUCAAGCCCAAGAGCCAAACUUACGCUUUCCGUGGCCUGGAGAUCCACCAGACGGUUGAAAUGCCCUGGCGCGACCACACGCUGCGCUACUCGAGCAUCGAGGCUGGCCAGCACGGCGGCCAGCGUCAGGAGCUCACCCUCCAAGCAGGCAAGCCGGACGAUCUGGGCACCAGUUUCGAAGGCGAGAAGCGCAAGAGCUUCCUGCAGCUGGUCGAAGACAUGGCUACUGGCCAGUGCUUCUCCUGGACAGAGGGAUACGAGUCCAUCAAGAGCCGUCAGCUCGAGGAUCACAGUUACGACCUUCCCGAAGAGGAGCUUACUGAAGACAUCAUCGUGGACGAUGGCAAGUUCAACACGCAGAGCCGCCCUAACAUCCGGAGAUACGAGGAAUCUGAGCAGCCCAGGAAGGAAUACAUGCCACGAAGAGGCACCAGGGAUACCCCUCCUAGAUCAAAGAAGUUCGAUGUUCUGGAAGAGAUGGAACAAUUCGGAGAGGCGGACGAGUCAGAGGUCACGGAGCCAAAGGUCAAGGAACCUGAAGCCAAAGAAUCCGAAGUCAACCAAACAAGCACCAGCAAGCCAGAUUCUACUGUGUCGGAGGCCAAGGACCUCGAGGCCAGGGAAGCAGAGCUCGACCAAGCGAGUGUCGAUAAGUCAGAUGUCGCAGCGGAAGAGAUCAAGGAACCCGAGGCCAAGGAACCCAAAAUCGACCAGACAAGUGCCAAAAAGCCACAGAAGGGCCGGAAAGGCGCAAAGUCCAAGUCCCCGACAGAACUUCUCCACUCCUUCUUGGACCAGUUCGCCGACCCCAUAUCCUUGACGGCUCCCAUAUCCUUAAAGACUCCCACUAGCCAACCUGGCGGCGACCGUCAUGUUGACGAUGCUGCCCUUACCAACAAGAUCCUCCUGAAGGAAGUAGUUACCAGGUUCAAUGCUCGUCAAGAGCAAGAGAAGUCUGCACCCCCAGCGCAAGAGAACGCCCGUCAACCGCAACAGGAUUCCAGGGUCCGUCAAGCUCAAGAGAACUCUGGAGCCCGUCAAGCCCAAGAGGACUCUACAGCCCGUCAACCACAAGAGAAGCCUGAAGCUCGUCAGCCGCAAGAGAAGCCUGUAGCCCGUCAAACGGCCAACGAGGACGAUUUCGAGGCCAAGUUCUCAGCCAGAGUCACCGACAAGCCUCUAAAGGCCCCCUCUCCCGCCAAGAAGUCGAAAAAGGGCACUACCAAACAAAAUAACAAGGUCAAGAAGCAACAAGCGACUCCCCAUUCGACUCAGUUCAAGGACCCGUUCGCUGCCGCCUUUACAAACAGGCUCGCAACUACGCACCAGCGCACCUCAAGCGGCGGGGAUGGCUUCUUUGACGACCUUCCCAAGCCAGAUGCCAAAAAGAAGGAGAAGCCCCUUUUCGCAAAGAUUGCCGCAAAGAAGGCCGCAAAGAUGAAGCCCAAGGUCAAAAAGGAUAGGUGGCAAGGCAGGGGGAGGGUUAGAGGGAAGAGGAGAUGA